CUCCAAACGGAGGCUGAAGGGGUUAACCCAGCUGUAGCUAAUUGAGCAGAGGGAUUCAGCCUCAGCCUGGAGGAGGGCCUGUUCUAUCACUGCCUCCCUUUGGAUUGCCUUUCAUGUUGCCAUGGUGAUCCCUAGGCUACCCAGGAUACCCAUUGCUGCCCCAGAAUUCUCUGCUUGAGCAGAGCGGCUCUCCCUUCAGCCUGUUUAGAACACCUUUCUUUUUACUAUGAUAUGCUCAAGCUCUGCAAAAACCAACACCGCUUUGUCCAUACAGACCACAGGAGUGAAUAAUUCAGAGUCCUCUGUCCUGGGCCAGGACUAAGGCUUCUUGACAGCGCCACCGUGGAGAAGAUGGAAAGCAGGUUGUGAAAAGGAGCCAGGUACCGGCAAACCAACGUCACUGGCAGAAUGCAGCUCAACCCUCUGUCUCAGGAAACGUGGAGACAUGGACAACACCGUGCCUACUCCAAUGUCACUGAAAGGUUGUCUUGCUUGACUCUCCAGGAGCCCAGUGUCAGCCAUCUCUGCCAGAUUCUCUCUCCUGGACCCAGAAGAUCCUUCUUGCUUGAUGACUCUUUGUCCAAUUCCAUCCAGCGAGAGUCCCUGGCUGUUCCCACUGGGCUUGAGGACAGUGCCUCCAGUGAUCAGCAGCAGCAGCAGCAGCAGCAGCAGCAGCAGCAGCAGCAGCAGCACAGAGCUGUCCCUGAGGAUCUGGAAGAGGAGGAAAUCGCCCCAACAGACGUGAAAUACCGCCUGCAGCUGCUUGAGCAGGCCCCAUUACGGAGCAUGAGUUCCAGUGUACACAGCCAGUGCCACAAGCCUGGGUUGCUGCCAUUCAGCAAAACCCAGAGAGAGUGGUUCAAGCCCUGGACCAUGACAAACCCUGAGGCUGAGCUCUCCCAUUCAGGUCACACCCAGGGCAGAAGAGCAACACCAAGAGGACAGCUGAGACAUGUGGAGUAUGACAGCCAGGACCAGGACACCCAAGUCCUAGUGUGGAGUCAUGCCCUCUUCCCCGGUCUAGACAGGAGCAGUCAGGGAGUCAUCCAAUCCGCCCAGCACGUGUCGAGGCAGAAGGGAAUGGUAUCUGGUUGGUGGUCUAUGACCCACGCACAUCAUGAGACAAGCCAGACAAAGCAUGGGACAGCCUUUGUGGGGACAAAGAGAACUGCCAAGUUUAAUGAUGCUACAACAGCCAGGAUGCCCUCUCUGCCACCUCUCAAGCUCCUGGAGAAAAAAAGGAAGAGUAGGUGUCCCCCCAACACAGCUGGGGUCUUCCAAGGCAGAUUACAAUCCGAAGUGACCAGCAAGCAGAUCUUCCAAGACUGGAGAACUCAGUCCCAAGGGCGCUUUGGAAGCAACGAAAAGCUCCCGGAGUCAUCUGAGGAUCAAGUCAACACGAAGGUAGCAUACAUGCCCUUGUUUUCUGAAAGAGUGAAGUUUGUAAGCCCCAGAACAGUUGCAUCAAACCUGAGACAAACACAUUCUCAACUGAGUAAGAAAAGCCAAGCAGGUCAGCUCCAGAAUUUGGCCUCACAAAAGGAACAUCUGGAGAAAAGGACUGCCUGAAUAAAUUCUGGGAAAUCACAACAGAAGCCUGUAAUCCCAGCACUCCGCUGAGGCAGGACUGCUACUCAGCUUUCAGCCCAGUUGCUGCCGCUUGUCAAAUGUCUUGGGAUGCUAGCAGAACAACGAUGAAUUGUUUCUUGGGGAAGGGAGGCGGCUCCAUUGUCCCAGAAGGGCAAUUGUGUUCCAGAAGACCUGAGAAGAAAGGCUUGCUGGCUGUGGGAUUUACAGGUAUAAUCUUCUUACAGAAGUAACAGAAGCCCAAGGACAACACAGCUGCUGUGAGAAGCCUGUGCUAAGUUCCCAUGGGGGCCAGGGUGGGGAGGGGCCCUCAUUUAUUCCCUAAGGGAUAGUGCACUGACUUAGAUUUUGAGAUGGUAGCCUAAAUGAGCCUUGGAACCCCCAUCUUCCUGCCUCUGUCUCCCAAAUUCUGGAAUUACAAACAUGUCACCAUG